UCAUGUUUUACUACUACGUUUACAUUUACAAAUGCAUGUAUGAAUUGCUCCAGGGUUGAAUUUUCAUACGUUUAGAAAUUCGAUUAUUAAAUUUUUUGAACAUUUACGCUUCUAAUUAUUAAGAAGUGAAUGAAAUGCCACCCAAAAAAGCACCUGCUCCUAGCAAAAAGUCGGAGCAGAAGAAAAAGGAAAAAGUUAUUGAGGAUAAAACAUUCGGUAUAAAGAACAAGAAAGGUGCCAAACAACAGAAAUUUAUUCAACAAGUAGAGAAGCAGGUAAAAUCUGGUGGUGUUAACCCACGGAAAUUAGAAGAUCCUAAUGUUAAAAAGCUCGAAAAAGAAAAAAAAUUAAAGGAGCAGAAAGAAUUAGCUCUCAUAUUUAAACCUGUGCAAACACAAAAAAUAGAUAAAGGAACUGAUCCGAAAUCAGUGGUAUGUGCAUUUUUCAAACAAGGACAAUGCACAAAAGGAGAUAAGUGUAAAUUUUCUCAUGACUUAAGCGUGGAAAGGAAAGCUGAAAAACGUUCAUUAUACUGUGAUAUGAGAGAUGAUGAUGAUAAGGAAACUGAUACAAUGGAUAAAUGGGAUGAGGAUAAGCUGAAAGAAGUAGUGGAAAAGAAGCAUGGUGGUGGUAAUCGCCCAACCACUGAUAUUAUUUGUAAACAUUUUUUGGAAGCAGUGGAGAAAGCAAAAUAUGGUUGGUUCUGGGAGUGUCCCUCAGGUCAAAAAUGUAUUUAUAGGCAUGCACUACCACCUGGUUUUGUUCUAAAGAAAGAUAAAAAGAAAGAGGAUAAAAAGGAUGAAAUUUCAUUAGAAGAUUUAAUUGAAAAAGAGAGAGCUAAUUUAGGACCAAAUCAGACUAAAAUAACAUUAGAGACAUUCUUAGCAUGGAAGAAAAGAAAAUUAAGGGAGAAGAAAGAACAAGCUCUUAAAGAUGAGGAAAAGAGACGAAAUGAUUAUAAAGCCGGUCGGCAAGUUGGUAUAUCCGGUAGAGAAAUGUUCUAUUUCAAUCCUGAGCUUGCAGCUGGAGAUGGUAUUGAUGAUGGAGACGAAGCAAUAUCUAGUUAUGUUCGUGAAGAAGAAGAAGAAGACGAAGGGGAGGAAAGAGUUGAAUAUAGAGAACUUGAUAUGGACAGGCUUGCUUUUGAACCUAGUGAAAUUGAUACUUCUGGAAUAACUGUUGCCUCUAUAGAUCGUUUGAAAGAUGAUAAAGUUACAAAUAAUGAAGAUUCUACUGUUACGGUUGGUGAAGGUGCAGCUGCAUUAGCAAUCAAUGAAAAUCUAUUUAAGGAGGAAGAUUUAGAGGGCUUAGAAGAGGAAUUAGAAGAUUUAGAUUUAGAAGAGUGAUUUAGAUUUAUAAUUUGUUAAAUUUUUCCUUCUACUGAGUGUCUCAAUUAUCUGUAUUUUUACAACAUAUGUAUUAUCUGCCUAUUAUAUAUACACUAUACAUAUGUAAA